AUGACCCGCACACCGUCCGCCCAGCCCUCCAUGUCUGACCUAUACGCGCCUCCCUCAAAUCCUGCCCAGCGCGUGCGCAGUUCGUCAAUCCGCAUACGAAGACCUUCGCACCAGCCAAGUCUGAAUACUCCUCAAGCUACGCCCGAUCCUGUCGCUGCGCCAGAGCCAAUAUCAGAAUCCGACAAUACAUGGCAGGCUGGUCGAAGACGAAGUAGCUCCGAACCGCGCCCACCUCCACAGGCCAUGUUCGCCGACGAUAGUCUAAGACGCCAGUUAACAGGUCCACACCUGCAGCCUCUUUACGAGGAUGGCGCAAAUCCCUCUACCGCCAACGGACCGCCGCCUUCUCGAGGCCCUAGCAACGCGCGGAGAGGAUUAACUCGUCAAUCCUCCGCAUUCCACAUGAGGCGGAAUCAGAAAGACCCCAACCAGAACAUGAUGGGCCAUAACCUUGUUGAUGUGCUUGAUGUCAUUGAUCCCGAAGUGUCUGCCCUUACUACCCUGAAUAACGUUCAGAACUCGCUCUUCUUACCCAAUUUGCCAUGGCUCUACAACCGCCAGCCUACAUACGAUCUUGGACAGACUACGUCGGACUCGUCGGAUGAAGAGAUGGGUACAGCCAGGGGUGCCGGACGCGAGGAAGACCAACUCCCCGAGAUGACACAACAAGGCGAAGUAGAGCAAGCAGCGCGCGGAGGCCGCGGAACGUUGCAAAGAAACAACACAAUCGACUCGAAUCUUUCAACUCUGGAAGAGGGCGAGGGCCAUCACUACGCUGUGCUGCCACACGGUGCUUCCUUGACAGGCUGGACUGACGAGGAGAAGGCAGCUUUGGACGAUCACGUCCGACACCUUCUCCACUCCAGGCGCGCAAGAUUCAAGCGGACUAUGAAGGGUUUCGGACGUUAUGUCCGCAAUCCCCUUGGCUUUCUCGUCACCCUAUACUUCUUCCUUAUUACCUUCUGGGGAGCGGCAUGGGUGCUCUUCCUCAUCGGCUGGAUUUACGUGGGUGACCGACAGGCCUACUUCGUCGAGAUUGCCGACCAGGUCCUGACUGCCUUGUUCUGUGUCGUUGGAAUCACCAUGUUCCCCUUCCGUAUCGUCGACACCUACCACAUGAUUUGGGUUGCCAAAUAUGCACACAAGACCUGGGAAGUACGUAAGAAGCGAGGACUACAGGAUCUGAAAGACCACAACGAGCUACCAACCAUGCCCCGAUCAAACGCGUGGGAAACAGGCGAGGCAGAACAAGAAGGCGUUGAAGCCCCUGUCCUCACCGCCGAAGAGCAAAAGAGGCUCGAAUAUCAUCAAGCCAAGCUCGAGAAGUCACAUACCUUCUACCGUCCCCACGAAACAUAUACACACCACGCCUUCUCCAUCCGCCUCCUCAUCGCCAUCAUCGUCCUUCUCGAUUUCCACUCCAUGUUCCAAUGUGCACUUGGUGGUACAACCUGGGGAAUCUACUACAAAGACCGUCCCAAGGAAGUCACCGCCAUCAUCCUGAGUUUCAGUCUUACCUGCAACAUCACCGCUGGUAUCAUCAUCGGCCGUGGCGAUAAGCGCAGUCGCAAGAAGCUUGUCGUGGAACAAAUCCUCCGCCAGGAAAUGACGGAAGAAGCGCUCAAGAAACUACGAAAGGAGAGAGGUAUCAAGGCCAAAGGACUCAUGACGAAGAAGCAGAAAAAAGAGGUCAAGAAGGAAUUGGUUGGUCCAAAGAAAAACCCGUUGGACACGAUUUUGCAUCGCGGAUAG